AUGAGGAAAACCUCCGAGGAUUGUCUCACUUUGUCUCCAGACUGGAAAGUAGAAGAUGAGGACAUCACACAGUAUAGUCCAGGAGAAAACCCGGCUCCCUCCAAUGUCCAUCCGGCACCACCCAGUGUAGAUGGACCAUCGGAUUCGUCGUAUCCUGAGGAACCUCAGACUGUGCGGGACCGGGCCGGCCUUCCAACAGGGAAGAGCAUCUCCUGUACUGAGUGCGGGAAGGUUUUUUCAAAUCAUCAGAGAUCUCACACGGGGGAGAAGCCGUAUUCCUGUCCUGAGUGCGGGAAAUGUUUUUUUACACAUCAGAGAUCUCACACGGGGGAAAAGCCGUAUUCCUGUCCUGAGUGUGGGAAAUGUUUUUCAGAAAAGUCCAGUCUGCAUACACAUCAGAGAUCUCACACGGGAGAAAAGCCAUAUUCCUGCCCUGAGUGUGGGAAAUGUUUUUCAGAUAAAUCCUGUCUGCACACACAUCAGAGAUCUCACACGGGGGUAAAGCCGUAUUCCUGUCCUGAGUGUGGGAAAUGUUUUUCAGACAAGUCCCAUGUUUCCAGACAUCAGAGAUCUCACACGGGGGAGAAGCCAUAUUCCUGUCCUGAGUGCGGGAAAUGUUUUUCACAGAAGUCCAGUCUGCGCAAACAUCAGAGAUCUCACACUGGGGAGAAGCCGUAUUACUGUCCUGAGUGUGGGAAAUGUUUUUCAGUGAAAUCCAGUCUCUACAAACAUCAGAGAUCUCACACGGGUGAAAAGCCGUAUUCCUGUCCUGAGUGUGGGAAAUGUUUUUCAGAUAAGUCCAGUCUGCACACACAUCAGAGAUCUCACACGGGGGAAAAGCCGUAUUCCUGUCCUGAGUGUGGGAAAUGUUUUUCAGAGAAGUCCUAUCUUUACAGACAUCAGAGAUCUCACACGGGGGAAAAGCCGUAUUCCUGCCCUGAGUGUGGGAAAUGUUUUUCAGAUAAGUCCAGUCUGCACACACAUCAGAGAUCUCACACGGGGGAAAAGCCGUAUUCCUGUCCUGAGUGUGGGAAAUGUUUUUCAGAUAAGUCCCAUCUUUCCAGACAUCAAAGAUCUCACACGGGGGAGAAGCCAUAUUCCUGUCCUGAGUGCGGGAAAUGUUUUUCACAGAAGUCCGAUCUUUACAGACAUCAGAAAUCUCACACAGAGAGAAGCCAUAUUCCUGUCCUGAGUGAGGGAAAUGUUCCUCACUGA